AUGAGCAAGUUAAAGGCAACAACCAGUAAUGAUAGUCCAAUAUUGUCAACUACUCCAAUGUCAAAAUCGAGUCAUGUGAAGCUUCCUAAGAUCACGAUUCCAACUUUUUCGGGAAAGUACGAGGAGUGGACGGGAUUUCGGGAUUUGUUUAUUUCACUCAUCCACAAAAAUCAGGACAUCGAUGAUAUCCAGAAGCUUCACUACCUCAAGGCGCAUUUGACAGGCGAAGCGGAGCAGCUUCUUAGACACAUACCCAUUUCUAGUGAAAGUUAUGACCAGUGUUGGACCCAGCGACAUCACUCGCUGUUACAUCAAAAGGGAGACACUCAAGCCAAUCAAGGUAGGGAGCCAUCGGCUGAUCAAGCUGUGGCACAAGUUCAUACACAACAAGUCGCAAAUUCAACGGGAGAAGCUAUACCGGGAACCAGUGUUUCAAAUCACUUCGUUAAUGAAGGCUCACAGCAAGGGUUACUGGCUACCGCGGUAGUAAAAGCCAAAGCAUGGGAACGAGAAGAAUAUCAUCUAUUAAGGGCACUUAUAGAUCCGGGAUCAGAAGUCUCAUUUAUCACCUCAGCUGUAGUUCAGUUACUCGGGUUAAAACAAACUCCAGCUAAGGUUUCAGUGUCAGGAUUGAGAGGAGAGCUGAUUACAGAGCUGAAGUCUACGGUUCAAGUUACAAUCGCAUCACGCUCUAACACUAGCAGCACCAUUGAGGUCACAGCAUACGUGGUUGACAAAGUUACCUCGAACCAACCAUCGGCGAAAGUAUCUAUUACCUCAUGGCCGGAGUUACAAACUGUCGAGCUCGCAGACCCUGACUAUCACACUCCAAAUAAAAUAGAUAUGUUGUUGGGAGCAAAGGUCUAUGCUCGGAUCAUUCAACCAGGUUUAUUCAAAUCUCCCCAGGAGACUACGGUGGCACAAAAGACGUCUCUGGGAUGGAUUUUAAGUGGUGAAGCAAGUUUACAUACCAACAUCUCCUGCAAGCUGGUUAGCAUGCACAUUCAGGUGGAACAGUUGCUGAGGUCCUUUUGGGAACUUGAAUCAGAACCUAGUAACAAAGAACGGAUUUUAACACCUGAAGAACAAAAAUGUGAGGAGAUAUAUGAAGCAACUACUACACGGGAUGAGAACGGCCGAUACGUUGUUAGAUUACCGUUCAGGGAUGAGCAACCAGCUUGUGUAGAUGGUGGGUCCAGAGAAAUAGCGUUACGAAGAUUUUAUUCUCUGGAAAGGAAGCUUCAAACCGAUGAGCGCCUGCAAACAGAAUACACAAAAGUGUUCCAUGAAUACCGGGAUUUAAAUCACAUGGAACCUUUAUCAGAGCAAGAAUCUAAGGAAAAGGGACUGUACCUACCUUACCAUGCUGUUGUGCGUGACGAACGGGAAACUACUAAGGUUCGUAUAGUUUUUGACGCUUCUUGCAAGGGCACAAACGGGGUGUCCUUAAACAGUGACCUUAUGGUUGGUCCUACAUUGCAGUCAGAGUUGAGGCACAUAAUCAUGCGUUGGAGAAUGCAUCCAGUUGUCUUCAUUGCCGAUAUCGUCAAGAUGUACCGGCAAAUACGAGUCGAUGAAAGAGACACAAAGUAUCAACGCAUCCUGUGGAGAGAGAAUCAUACCCAAAAAGUAAAAGAAUACAAGUUAAACAGGGUUACUUUUGGGGUCUCAUCAGCUCCUUACCUUGCUGUUAAAAGUCUGAUUCAAGUCGCCUUGGAUGAAGGUGUAGACUUCCCUCUUGCGGUUACUCGGGUACGUGAGGAUUUCUACAUGGACGACCUGAUGUCAGGUUGUCAAACCGAGCAAGAGGCAAUAGAGAUCUACCACCAGAUGAAGACGCUAUUAAGCAAAGGAGGCUUUGAGCUUCAAAAAUGGUCAAGCAAUAGAAAGGCUAUGUUAGAAGAAAUUCGAGAAAGCACAGCAGAGAAAGAAGAGCAUAAGAAAAUAGAGAUGAAGCAAGAAGCGGCAUCGAGUGGGAUCAAGAGCUACCGUCGUCGCUGCUUGAAGAAUGGUUGUGCUAUAGGGAAGAAUUGUCACAGCUCACCAGAUUCAGACUUCCUCGCUGGACAAAUCACCAAUCUCAGGCCAGAUUAG